AUGUCCCCCCAACUCUUCCCCUCCAUCCCCCCCACCCACGCCGCCAUAACCAUCCUCCAACCCAACGCCCCCCUCCAACUCACCACCUUCCCCACCAUCCCCCCUUCCCCCGGCGAAGCCCUCAUCCGCGUCACCCACACCGCCUCCACCCCCCUCGACAUGCACCGCGCCAUCGGCGGCGUCCUCCUCGAAAACCACCUCCAGGCUCGCCGCCCUUUCAUCAUGGGCACCACGUUCGGGGGUAUCGUCGCCGCUUUGGGGGGUGACGCCACCGACGGCUCGAAGGCCCAUCUUAAGAUCGGGGAUGCCGUCUUUGGGUUCGUGCUAGAUGGAGAUGAUGCAACCGCAGGCCACCAAGAAUACGCGACCAUCCCCCUCUGGCGCAUCUCCCGCGUCCCAGAUAACCUCCCCGGCGGGCUCUCCGCCGCAGUCACCGUUCCCUGUAACCUAGUCACAGCCUUCCACACCAUCCAAGCCGAUCUGGGUCUCGACCUGCCGUGGCCUAUCCCGGCGGGACCGCCGAAGGAGGCUGAGGCCCUGGUGCUGGUGUGGGGUGCCGCGAGUAGUGUGGGGUUGUUUGUGGUGCAGGUGUUGAGGCAUUGGGGGUAUGGGAAUGUGUUGGCUGUGGCGGCGGGGAAACAUCAUGGGAUGUUGGAGGGGUUUGGGGCGAGGGCGUGUUUUGAUUACCGGGAGGAGGGGGUGGUGGAGAGGAUUGAGAAGUAUGUGGCCGCAGAGGGGGGUGAGGGAGGACGGGGAGGACGGCCGCGGGUGCCGUAUAUUGUGGAUUGUAUUGGGUCGUUGGAGGGGACGUUGAGGCCGUUGGUCAAGAUUGCGGAGCCGGGGAGUAAGGUGGCGGUUAUGAUGCCGGUGAUUAAUGUGCAUGCGGAGGUGGACGGGCAGGAACCGGAGUAUUCGAUGGAUGUGAAUACGGUGUUUCCGGGCGAGUGGAGGGAGGGGGUCGAGUUGAAGGGGGUGAGGACGUUUUUCUAUGAGAAGAACCAGUUCUUCAAGAACCACCUCCAGCCAACCAUCAUCCCGGCCCUGUUGGAGCAGGGCGUCAUUCAGCCCAAUCCGCAAACGAUUGUCGAGGGCAAGACCAUGUUGGAGCGCGCCCAGAAGGCGCUGGAGUUGCUCACACGUCGGGCUGUAUCGGGGGAGAAGCUUGUGUGGAGGGUCGCCGAUGAUCUUUGA